AUGGCCAGUACCACGGAGACGCUCAAUGUUGCGGUGAUAGGCGCAGGAAUCGCAGGACUUUCAGCCGGCAUAGCUGUGCGCCGAGCUGGCCAUCAUGUCACCAUUUUUGAGCGUUCGACGUUCAAGAAUGAGGUCGGCGCGGCAAUCACCAUGCCUCCACAGUCUUCACGGAUCUUGAGGAAGUGGGGACUUGCUGAUCCCCCAUCGACCAACGACGCUCCAUAUCAGGAUUUGGCUUCUGGGAAGCUUCUACGAGGGAGUCGAAGGAGAAACCCCAAGACUGCAGAAAUAGUCAUGCGCACGGCUUUCGAAAACGAAGAGGAGGUUUACAGAGCUCCCUUUGUGUCCUAUCACCGCGCAGACCUGCAUUCUGGACUGCGGCAGCUGGCACAAGAUGCUGGUGUGGAGAUGGUGCUCGGCAAGAUGGCCGUCGACAUAGACUGCUCGAACGCUCGAUUGACCCUUGCCAGCUCAGAGGACGAUUUCAGGAAUGAGACUGUGCAGAAAGACCUCAUUGUCUUGGCCGACGGCGUGAACACUCGAUUCGUGAAGGAGAUCACAGGCCGGGAUAUUCCAGCUCGGGAAUCUGGACGUAGCGCUUUCAGAGCUUUGAUACCGACGAAGAAGAUCUUGAAAGAUACAGAAGCCAGCCAGAUAUUUGCCGAUGGAGGCGAACAUUUCUUGAAUGGCUGUGUGAAUCCAGCUACUGGCGUAUUUAUGAUAUCGUACCCAUGCCGAGGGGGAGAGCUGAUGAACGUGGCCAUCAUCCAUCCCGUUCGACCGGAUGAGAAAGGCAAAUCGGGCAAGCAAGCUCACAAUUGGAACUCUCCCGCAACCGUCGAGGAAGCCCUGGAAGUAAUACACGACUUCCACCCGGCAUACAAAGCCAUCGCAAAACUUGCCGACCCAAAGGUAUACACGAUCAAAGACCGAGAGCCGCUUCCAACCUACGCCAACGGACGAGCUAUCAUCAUUGGCGACGCGGCACAUCCCAUGUUUCCCACAAUCGCGGGCGGCGGCUCCACAGCGAUCGAAGAUGCCGCUGCAUUAGAGGUCGUUCUUCGUGACAUCACACCUUCGGAUUCCAAUCUCAUCACUCAAAGGCUAGCACUCUGGAACGCUCUUCGCCUGCCGCGAGACGUGGUAACGCAAGUUCUCAGUACCGCUAUGGUUCUACCCAGACCGGCGUCUCAAUAUGCGGAGCAAGUUCGGCAUGUGUAUACGGGUCAUCUUCCAGAUGAAGUGCUUGCAGGCUGGCAUGAAGGGACAAAGGCAUUCGUUUGUCCGUACGAUGUGUUUGAUGUGACUCGAAAGGCGUUGGAGUGGGCGGAGAGGGAAGCGUAUCCUGACGAUAUGAUGUUGCGGUUGCAGGAUGAAGGUGUGAUUAAGCACUUUGGGAGAUGA